AGGCAGUUGAGUUGAGAGUUGAGAUACCGUACAGAGUGAACGGCGCUGUUUCCGUCGUGACACAUUUUGAGGUGUUGUUACUUUUGCUCUUCCUUCAAGGAAAGAUGGAUUAUAGGGAGGGUGUAGUAGUAAUGGGAAAAAGGAGUCACAGAAAACACGCGUUGGAAAAGAGAUGA